AUGGUUAAUAUUGAAUCAACAUCCAAUGCCAUCUGGUGGAUUAAAAAUCCGAAUGGCGGCAAAGUGGGCGGCAAUGAUGGUGCUGGUAAUGGUGGGCGUAAGGCAUCGCUUGGCUCCAGCUUUUAUCUGGAUAUGGUAGAAUUGGUGCGGAAUAUAUCCUUGCAAGGAUACAACAAGCUGGUCGCACCGGAGUUAACAUUGCUGGAAAGAUUAAUUUGGCUGUUGGUGCACAUGGCCACGUUCUUCACAAUGCUGGCUGUGCUUCUACUUACCUGGGAGCAAUUUAUCGCCCAGUACUUUGUCAUCAAUCUGAAGGAUCCACUUUAUCCCGUCGAAAAUGUCCCAUUUCCGGCUGUGUCAAUAUGUCCCAACAAUCGCCUCUCCAAGCAGGCUGUCAUCAACUAUGCCCUCGAGUUGCAGAAUAAUGAUCCUUCGGUUCGGGAACUGACGUAUUAUGUGGAUCAGUUGAAAUAUCUCAGCAAAUUGUAUUUUUUGGGGAGUGUCAACUCAGAUAUCGAAGAGUAUCUUAAUUUUCAAGCAUUUCUAGAUCUUUUCGGCACCUGGAACAAUGAAACCUUCUUCAAUACGCGUCGCAUUAUGAAAUUGCUGGCGCCCAAAUGCCAGGAUUACAUAUUGAGAUGCAGCUUGUCCAACAUUGACAUACCCUGUUUUAGUGAAGCUGCCUUUCAGGAAAGUCUUACCAAAUACGGACCCUGCUGCACUUUUAAUACUCAGAAUAGACUUAAGAAGCGGGAUUUUAAAAAUCGAUUGGCAAGUCAGGCUCAGGGCUUAACAGUUGUGGUUAAUGCAAGUCAUGAUGAUUACUUUGCACCCGUUUUAAAUACCAAUGGAUACAUUGUCAUUAUUCAUGAUGCAAAUAAUUUUGCCUCGACCGCUUCUUCAAAUGCACUGGAAAUGUUUCCCGGACAAAGGGAGGAGAGUUUCCUCAAGAUCUUUCCGCGCCUGAUUGAUACCGAUAAUAGUUUGAGAUCUUUUUCACCAACAGGACGUCGUUGUUACUUUCACAAUGAGGGCGAUAUGCCCGGCGUAAAUAAGAAAUAUGUUUAUACCUUUCCCAACUGCAUCACCCGAUGUCGUAUUCAAAGCAUUAUUGCCCUGUGCAAUUGUUUGCCCUUUCAAAUGCCUCUGGAGCUGGUGGACACACUGGAAGGCGUUGUCUACUGUACACUUACUCACAUAUCCUGCCUCAAUCAGUACCUAUUCAAGUGGAAUAAUGUGCUUACUGAACGCGUGAGAAUUCCGGGUCUGGAACGUGAAAUCGAGGAGGCACUGUACUGUCCCCACUGUUUGCCCACAUGCAAUGAUGUUCAGUAUCGUGUCUCCAUGAGCAUGUUGCCCAUUGACAACUAUUUAGUGACUCUCAAGCCCAAUGAGAAUAAUGAUACAGAUUUCACCUCUGAUAUAUCCGUGCUGAGAGUUUACUUUGGGGAGCCCUAUGCUCAACUCUAUAUGAGAUUGUUGAACAAUGAAUGGUUCGAAAUAUUCAGUACCAUUGGAAAUAUUUUGUCAAUUUUCAUGGGAUUUUCUUUGGUUGCCAUUUUCGAGUUGCUUUAUCAUUUUUUUAAGUUCUUUUAUAUGGCCUGUAAACGUAUAGUUGAUCGCAAUAAGGCCAACAACAAGGCUAAGAUAUUUGAUGUUACUAAGUUACACAUAUAUCCUUAA